UUGCACUUGCAUAUGGUUUCUAUAGACAAGAUCUGCCAGAAGAUAAGCCCAAAAAUGUGGUAUUUGUAGAUCUAGGCAACUCUGCUCUCCAAGUCACUGCUUGUGCUUUCACAAAAGGAAAGCUUAAGAUUUUGGGGAGUACAUGGAAUCGUACUCUUGGUGGACGAGAUUUUGAUAAUGUAUUAGUAAAACAUUUUGUUAAUGAUUUCAAUGACCGUUACAAUCUAGAUAUCAUGACUAACAAGAGAGCUGUAAUGAGGCUGAUGCAAGAAUGUGAGAAACUGAAAAAGCAAAUGAGUGCAAACUCUUUAGAGCUACCAAUAAACAUUGAGUGUUUUAUGGAUGAUAAAGAUGUCUCAGGAAGAAUGAAACGUGAAAUGGAAGUUUUCCCUUAUUUUCAUCCGGUCCCAUUCUCCAAAAUGUUGACCUUCUACAGAACUGAGCCUUUUACUCUUGAAGCCUUCUACUCUGGCGUACCAGCAAGAGCAAAAAUAACUUCCUAUCCUGCCUGUGAAUUUCCGGUUGGAGAACUGAAAAUAGGUUCAUUUACCAUUCACAAUGUUACACCUACACCUGAAGGUGAGAGUACUAAAGUCAAGGUUAAAGCUCGUAUUAACAUCCAUGGUAUUUUCUCUAUAUGUUCCGCUACCAUGCUAGAAAAGCAAAAUACUAUAGUAAAUGAAACUGACAAUAAUGUGCAGUCCACAGAAAAAACUUCAAAUAGCCCUAAAAAGAAUAAACCAAAGGGUGAAGAAGCUAUGGAUUCUGAAAAUGUUAAUGCUCCUACCAAUGGUGAUGUAAAUGAAGAAAAAAAUACUGAUAAGAAGGAUGAGAAAAAAGAACCUGAACAAAAGAAAUCAAAGAAUGUUGUCAAAGCGGUUGAGCUUCCUAUUUCUUCAGUGGUACCUCAUUUAAGUAGAAAUGAGUUAAAUGAACUUAUAGAAAAAGAAGCAAAAAUGAUUAUGCAAGACAAAAUGGAAAAGGAAAAGGCUGAUGCAAAGAAUGCUGUUGAAGAGUAUGUUUAUGAAAUGCGUGGAAAGUUGUGUGAAGAACUAGAAAAGUUUAUCACAGAAGAGGAUAAGAAUAAAUUCAAAACGUGCUUGGAAGAAACUGAAAAUUGGCUGUACGAUGAAGGUGAAGACCAGCAGAAAAGUGUAUAUAUCCAAAGGCUAAAUGACUUAAAAAAAUAUGGUGAUCCAAUUGUGAAUCGGUACAAUGAGUGGGAACAAAGGCCUAUUGCUCUUAAUGAAUUUGGUAGGACUCUACAGUUAGUGCAUAAAGCUUUACAAUCAUAUGCAGCUAAAGAAGAGCAAUAUGCACAUAUCGAAGAAGAAGAAAUGAUGAAGGUUGGAAAAUUAUGGGAAGAAAAAGAACAGUGGUUAGGCCAGUAUUUAGGAAUUUUAUCAAAACUUCAGCAGCAUGAAGAUCCUCCUAUUACUGCUGCUGUCAUUAGGCAAGAGAGAGAAAAUUUUGAGAACCAAGUGAAACCGAUUUUGUCCAAGCCUAAACCAAAAGUAGAACCACCACAAGAAAAUGCUGAAGAGGUGCAGACUGCACCUGCUGAUAGUGAAAUGCAAGACACUAAUAAUACUUCUGAAAAAGAAGAAAAACAGGAGCAACAAACUGGCAGUGAAGCCUUUAGCCAAUCACAACCUGAAAAUAUGGAAACAAAUUAAGUUUUUUUAAAAAAAAGUUGGAUCUGUGAUCAUAUUGCUUGUAAAGCCAUUUUCAUUAGACCUAAGGAUUAUAUAAUGCAGGUUGUAACUAAAGUUUCACAAAGUAGAUUGACAUGUGUCUAAUUUAAUAGAUUUUGCUUUUAUUUCGAAUUCAGUCUGCUAGGUUAACACCUUUUUAACCAAAAAAAAAAAAAAAAAAAAAAAAACUUGUAUCUGACAUAUUUUAAAUAGCUAGCUUCGGAGCUGAAUUUCACUAAUUAAGAUGUUUGAGCGUAGAAAAACAUUUUUUCAUUCAACUUCAGUAAUUGGGAACUAACCUCUGAUGUUCUGUUUUUGAAAUUGUUUUGAUGUAUGUUUAAUACAUAAUAUGCAUAUGUACAUCAAAUGACUAAUGUAAAAUUUGUUUCUAAUGUAAAACUCUUCCAAAUGAAACCCUUUAGGCAGAUAGCUCUUGUGGGCUUUGCCUUAGCAAAUAACCUACCCAUCGACAUGAAACAUUUAAAUAUCAUCUAAUUCUUUAUUCCUGUAAUGUAUUCCAGUUACAGUUAUAGAAAUGGAUUUAAUUAGGAAUUUAAACUUUCAUGCUUCUUUGCUUUCUGAAUAAAUUUUCUGUACUGGGUUCUGAAUUUUUGCAAUUAGCCUUUAUUGUUCAAAAUGACUUAAGCUGCAUGCUUAUGCAUCCUCACAUAUCUUGAUGGGCAGGCCUUGGAUAUUGUUCUUUUUAUGUACUGAGUGAAAGAAAUACUCUAAUAAUUAAGUGAAAAAAUACUCUAAAUAAAUAUAAAUAAAUAAAUUGGGCUGUAUUAUGUACUGUAAAUGUCAAAUUUUAAGCCAUGAGAAUAGAUUCUUAAUAGCUUUUAAGUGAAUUAGUUACCUUGGUUACACUCUGUAUUAACAUAUUUGGUGAUCAGUAUACAUCAGAUUGCAUUUCUGUACUUUAACAAAUGUAUAUUUUUGCUCCAUAAAUUUAAGUUAUGCAUUCCUCAUUACCAUUUUAUUGGUGUAACAUCUCACAACUAGUUGACAUAUAUACAUACUAUCAUGAAUUUUUCUUCCAUGGUACAAGUAUCAGUUCAAAGAUAAUUCUCAAUAUAUGUAUUUUAUUUUAUGGUUACAAUACUCCUUGUUGGAAAUAAUGAUUGUUAUAACAUUUAAAAAAUAUAUAAAUAUAUGUAAAGGGCUGUACAUAUUUUAAUGUACAGUAAUCUUAAGUUAUUUUAUUUAUUAUUCAAAUGAAGACUUUUCAUGUAAAUGACAGGGCAAUGAAAAUAGAUUACUCUUUUGUUAUGUUGAAUAAAAGUUACAAAUAUGAGAUUACUUUCAAGUGGACAGCAGCAACUGUUGAGCUGCACUGUAGUUCUAAAAGUAUAUGUGAAGUAUAAUUUUGUGAUAAGCAUCUCCUAUGGAUGAAGCUUGCAUGAUAAAUUAAUCUGUGUAACACACACUAUUUUAUGUAUUUAUUAUUUUCAACAUUGUUGUUACGAUGAUUUUGAAAAAUUACAUUAAUAAAUGUGCUGGUAGGAA